GUCUCGGAUUGCUGCCGUCUCAAAUUCUCGCCGUCGAGCUUUCUGGGUGUUUGCCUCUUCCGUGGCGCAGGAGCAACAGCAUGCUUGCCUGUUCGGUUUCUGUUCCCCGCAGUCAAAUUUCCGCCACUUCUCACGCACACGUACACACCUCACGUGCAGCACAGACGUACAUGAUAAGUACAGAGAGGCAUCCGUUCACUCCAUGCACCCACGCCACACGCACGCAAAGCACAUCAACCGAAACCCUCAGGCCUUACUCGUGGGCACACCGCCCUCCUCACCACCACCACCCUCCUGCUCAUUGUCGUCAUCAUCCUGGCCGCCCGCAUCGGGCGACACUUCAAGUGCCUCGUCAUUCGCUGGCUGCUCCCUUGGCUGCCCAUUGCAUGAUUCAGCAGGCUGCUCUUCCUCUGCUGCUGCUGCUGCCUUUGCUGCUGCUGCCUCUGUUGCCUGAUGUUCGCCCUCCUCCCCUGUCUCCGGGUGGUUCGUCUGGGCUGGCUGGGUAUGCGUGUCAUCUGGUGGAGGGGGUGGAGGUGGGGGAGGUGGUUGUGCCACAGGGCUAGCGGGGCUGGGAACGGCUGCCAGCUCUUCUCGGAGCCUCUCGAGCUCUGAUUGAGUGCAGCACCACAUACACAUAAGAGGGCAAGAAACGACGCACCAGUGGAUGUGGGGAGGAUGCGUGUGUUGUGAGGCCUGUGUGGCCACGCUGACCUGUUUUGAUGUCGCUGAUCUGUUCGUCGAUCUCAGCGGCCGCGUCGAAAUCCUCACCGGCCACGGCCUCUUCCAGGCGCCCCUCGUGCUCAGCGACCGACCUCUCACGCUCAGCGAUGGCCGCCUCAAUCUCGCCCCUGCGCCGCUUCACCUCAUCCCAAUCAACCACUGCACCACCUUCGGCAUCGGUCUUCUCACCCUCCUCGCCUGCUGCUGCUGCUGCUGCUGGUGCUUCUGCUGGUGAUGGUGCUGGCGGUGCAGGCUGCUGCUGCUCCUUUGACUCUUUCCCUUCCUCUGCUUCUCCCUCCUUGUCUUUUUCUUCAGUAUCGGCCUCUUCUGCAUGAGUCUCCUCCAUGAGAACGUCCACACGGCUGCCCCCGUGCUGAGGCGAGUGCGAUGAGGGCGAUGGCGUCCUGUCGUGCUCACUCGGCGUCCCCUCGUCGGUCAUGUUGUACUUCUCGGCCAGCAGCCGGAUGGUGGUGCGACAGACGUCCACCUCUGCCUCCAACGUCUGUUUCUCCAGCGGGUCGGGUGAUGUCCGGAUGAGUGACAGGAGGCCGCUCCAGCGCUUCUUGGUGACCUCGAUCUCCAGCCGGUCGGCGCGCUCCUCUGCCUCAGCCAAUUCAGACUGUGCACGCUCCUCGCGCUCGCGACACGAACGCAGGUGCUGAAAGGAUGAAAGGAAAACAGGAGGCACAGAGGGAGGGAGGGAGGGAGGGGUCGUGUCAUGUGUGUGAGAGGGAUGAGGGUGUGUGUCGUUGCUCUCGUCUCACUGCGUACCUCUCUGAGGCUUUCGAUGUCGUCUCCCAGACCGGCCAGCUCUGUCUGAAUCCGCUGCUGCUCCUCCUCCAGAGACUGGACACACACAGACACACACAAUGAAUGAGCCGACGGGCACUCGGUCUCUGGUUGGUGUAGCGCUGACCUUGAUUUCGUUGGUGAUGCGGCCCGCCUCCUUGAACGCCCGCUGAGACACCGCCACCUUCUUCUCAGCAUCCAGGAUCGGCAGACGCGCAGUAAUCGUGCUCAGCUGACUCCUGCACCCGGUGCACACACACAUGAAUGUACACACAUACGCACCACGCGACACUGCAAUUCGCACCUGAGGUUGGUGGAGAGUGCCUCCUGUUUGCUGAGUGCUGCGGCGAGUUUCUGCGCCUCCGCGGUGGACUGCUCGACCUUUGAUCGGACGGCGGCCAGCUCCAUCUGGUGCUUGGCGCCCUGGCUCAGCCACCGCCGCCGGUGCUGCAGGUGGGUCGACAGAUGGGAGGCACGCUUGCACAUCGACAGGCCCUCUGAGCGGAGCCGCUCGAGAUCUGACUCAAGCCUGCACACACAUACAUGGGGCAGGGGGGAUGGGUGUGUCACGCCAUCAUGCUCUCUACCUUACCUUUGUAGGUUUUUCUUGGACAUGGCCCGGUCGUUCUCGAGAGCGGCCUUCUGGUGCUCCAGCUGCAGACAGAAACCACCACACACAUCCACCACCCACAGAUCCGACGCACAUCGACAGGUGUGUUUGUUGGUUGCCGCAGUGACCAACCGGCCGACCGACCUGCGCCUCGUCGGCCUUGAGGUCCUCCUUAGCCUCGAGUAUCCUCCGCUCGUUGUCCUGUAUGCGGUGGAGCUGCUUCUCAAACUUGGAGCGGAUGGCGUGGAUACGGAUGUCGCACGCCUCUAUCACCUCGCCCAGCUGCUUCUGAUGCGCACGCUUCUCGGCCAACUGACGCUCCAACUCGAUGAUCUCCGCAUCGACCGUCCUGCAGACAGAGCAGCCAGGGGGUUUUUGUGAGUGUGUGUGUGUGUGUGUUGUUGUUGUUGUCACGUGUGGUGUGUGUGUGUGUGUCGGGGCACCUCUUCUGUUCAGCUGCGUCAUCUCUCUCUUUCCGGUGGUCGCCCGUCUGGGAGUCGAUGGCCGCCUCCACCUGAUCACACACACGGAGAAGGGACGGUUGUGCGUUUCUUGUCCUGGCCUUUCCAUGCCGCAACUUGGCACCUGUGCGAUUUCCUCCUGGCUGUGUGUGUGGUCCCGCUCGAUGUGCCCCCUGGCCAUUGCGAUCCGCUGCUCCUCAACCUGGAUGCGGUGCGCCUCGCCAGCCAAACGCUCCUCAUCACGCCCACCCUGGGUCGACAGAUCAGCCUCCUCCUGAACCAACAGCUCCUUCAGACGGGACUGGGCACGCUCUGUCAGCUGUGGGCAAAGGCAGAGAGGGAGGGAGGGAGGGAAAGAUUGGAAUGGUUGUGCUCUUAUGUGGUUUCGUGCGCCGGUCGCUCACCUUGAGUUGUGCCUCGGUGAUCUCGAGCAGCUGUGAGGCGAUGCGUUGCUGCGCCUCGGAUGCGCUCGCCAUCGAAUCAAGCUUGGCAGCAACCUGGGGGAACAGCAGACAGACAGGGGUGUGUGUGUGUGUACGUGUGUCUGGUUGUCGAUGUCCGUCCUACCUUUGCUUUGAUGUCGAUGAUUUUGGCGUCAAGUUUCUCGGCCUCCUCGAACUGCUCCUCCUCCACCAGUCUGUUCUGCUCCACCUCGGUCUGACCCACCUGCUCCUUCAGAGUCGCUAUCUCCUGCACAUACGCACAGCCAUCCAUCCACACACUGACACAUUGACACACAGACAGACGGACGGUACCUAGGUACCUACCUGUGUGAGUGUGUGGUUCCUCAUGGCCUGCUGUUGCUGCUGCUGGAUGAGGUCCUGGUGCGCCUUGAGGCUCCUGGCCGUCCGGGCCUGCAUCCAGUACUGCACACCCGCCAGAGUCGCCUCCUGCUCUACCUCCCUCGCCCUUCCACCACCACCACCACCCCAAGAGCCACUCUCCGUCCCUACACACACGUACACACAUGUCACUGAUUGAUGCACUCCCUCGCUCAUCAACAAGGGUGUCUGUGGCGUGGGGUACCCUCUUCUCUGGGCAGUGGGCUGGCAGUGGGGGAUGACGUGCGAGACGUGAUAGAGGGAGGGGGUGGUGGUGGCGGGGGCGGUGGGGUGGGCGGUGGCUCCGACUGCUGUGAGGUGCUCUCGGAAGGGGGCACCACGGCAGGCUUCACUGCGGUCGGUUUCACCUGCUGCUGCUGCUGCUGCUCUGGCGGAACAGCGGCGCUCAGAGAGGGAGAGCUCAUGGGAGACGGAUGCUGAAACACAAAACCCAACACCAACAGAGCAUCAUCAAUACCACCCCAGACGGUCUCACCUGUGGUGGUUGUGGCCGGCUGUGUGUGAAGGUGAGGGGCGUCACGGACAUGGACGCCACUCUGGGAGGGGGAGGGGGCGGGGGCCUUCCACCAGCACCCCCUCCCUGGUCGCCCCUGUCGUCACUCUUGACGCUGCUCGUGUCGAGAGUGUGUGUUGAGGCUGCUGACGGUGGUGGCUCCGGGUGCAGCUGGGGCGAUGUGGAUGGCAGGGAGGGUGGCUGUGACGAUGGCAGUGAUGGCGGCAGCGAGGGGGGCUGGGAGUGAGGGGCGCGCGCCGCAUAGCCAGGCAGGUUCGCACGGCGCGUCUUCUUCCGCCUCUGCAGGGGUCCGUCCAGUACACACAGGGAGAUGGACGGACACCACACUCAUGUCAAAGCCUACUAGUGUGGGGCCCACCCCAUACUUCACUCUCCCUCCCUCACCGUAUCUGUGGCGUGUGGAUGCGUCUGAGGGAUCACCCCGUCAGCCGCUGGCGUGGGGCGCGCAGCGAUGGUGGCUGCCGUGGCGAAGGAGAAAGGGGAUGGACGCUCAUCGCCCCUCGAAUCACUCGCCGAAGCAGAAACAGCAGCGGGAGCAGGAGGAGGGUGAUCUGACCACACACAAACACACACACGCACCAUCCGUCUGACGAUAGAUAUCCAUGAGACCUAAUUAUUCAUCAUUCUCUCACCCUGGCCAGCGCCUUCCGCCUCCCCGUCUGCAGGAGUGUCUGUCCGCCCGUUGGCCUCACUGCCGCCCGCCCCCGACAGAAACGAGAAGGCAGACGAUAUCAGCGACUGUCGCCCAACCGUCUUGUCCUUCUCUGGCGCGGGUGUGGGUGGCGGCGGCUGCUCGGCUGCCGUGGGAGCCACGAAGGAGAAUGCAGAGGAGCUGCUGGGCGGGGCCGCAUCUGCUGCAGAUGAGAUGAAUGGUAUCAGGCAAGAACUCGUUCGUCGUGUGGACGAAUGUGUGUGUGUGUGUGUGUGUUUGCUGGUUGUUUCCUGUCAGUCAGUCACCUGUUGGCUUCUUGUGUGAGAGUGACAGUCCUGAGAAGAGGAAACCGGCAGCUGAGCCGCCGCUGCUCUCGGCCGGAGAUGCCUCUGGAAACCACAAUAUCAUGACAACACAGCGCACCUUGUGGAGUGAGUGGUGAUCUCCCUGCGUGUGUGUGCCGGGACACUCCGCUGCCUCACCUGGCGUCGCAGAUUCGCUCGUGUUGUCAGCGCUUGGAUCUUGCAUCGAUCUUUCGUCAAAAUCAAGCUAGAGCUGCCGUCGCCGUGAGUGAACACUCACCAACUAUCAAAAUCGCAAGAGGAGCGGCAGCUUUCGCGCCAGCCCUGCGAGCUUUGUAAGCCC